UUUGAACUCAGGUCUUCCCGACUCCAGGCCCAGUGCUGUAUUCAGUGGGCCACCUAGCUGCCCUUGUGGACCUCACCUCUUUGCAAAGUCCCCAAUUUUAUAGGUGAUGAACUUGGGGCCCAGUAAAAUUAAGUCACCACUUAGAGUUCACAAGUGAUGAGUAGUCAAGGUGUGAUUUGAACCUUGACCUGGGCUCUUUUCACUAUACUGUGGUUUAAUCUGAUGGGAAAGGAGCGUGUGGAUGGCUGCGGCGGUUACUGUCCUUGGAGUCAGGAAGAACUGAGUUCAAAUCCAGCCUCAGACGCUUACUAUUUGUGUAACCCUGGGCAAGUCAAUCUCAGUUUCCUCAGCUGUCGAAUGGGGACAAUAUCAGCACCUACCUCCAAGGCCUGCUGUGAGGGUCAUGAGACUGGAGGCAGAGGAGUUUUCCAGAGGACUAGGAAGGUCCUAGUGGCUGCCCCAGCAUCCUGGGACCAUGUCAGAGCGAGAGGAGCGGCGCUUUGUGGAGAUCCCCAGGGAGUCAGUCCGGCUCAUGGCUGAAAGUGCCGGGCUAGAGCUGAGUGACGAGGUGGCCGCGCUUCUGGCUGAGGACGUUUGCUACCGGCUCAGGGAGGCCACCCAGAACAGCUCCCAGUUCAUGAAGCACACCAAACGGCGGAAGCUGACGGUGGAGGAUUUCAACCGGGCCCUGCGGUGGAGCAAUGUGGAGGCGGUGUGCGGCUACGGCUCCCAGGAGGCCCUGCCCCUGCGUCCUGCCAGGGAAGGCGACCUCUACUUCCCUGAGGACCGAGAGGUGAACCUCGUGGAGCUGGCAUUGGCCACCAACAUUCCCAAGGGGUGUCCUGAGACAGCUGUGAGAGUUCAUGUUUCCUAUCUGGAUGGUAAAGGGAAUGUGGAGCCUCAAGGAUCAGUGCCCAGUGCCGUCUCCUCACUGACCGACGACCUGCUCAAGUACUACCAGCAAGUGACCCGUGCCGUGCUGGGGGACGACCCGCAGCUCAUGAAGGUAGCACUUCAGGACCUGCAGACAAAUUCCAAGAUCGCAGCUCUGCUGCCCUACUUCGUGUAUGUCGUCAGCGGGGUGAAGUCAGUGAGCCAUGACCUAGAGCAGCUGCACCGGCUGCUGCAGGUGGCACGGAGCCUCCUUCGGAAUCCUCACCUGUGCCUGGGGCCCUACGUUCGCUCCCUGGUGGGCAGUGUUCUUUACUGUGUCCUGGAGCCACUGGCUGCCUCCAUCAACCCCCUGAAUGACCACUGGACGUUGCGUGAUGGAGCCGCCCUCCUGCUCAGCCACAUCUUUUGGACCCAUGGGGACCUGGUGAAUGGCUUAUCACAGCAGAUCCUGCUGUCGCUGCAGAAAGUGCUGGCUGACCCCGUGCGGCCUCUGUGCUCCCACUAUGGGGCCGUGGUGGGGCUGCAUGCCCUGGGCUGGAAGGCUGUUGAGCGGGUCCUGUACCCGCACCUCUCCACCUACUGGGCCAACCUGCAGGCUGUGCUGGACGAUUACUCCGUGUCCAACGCUCAGGUGAAGGCGGAUGGCCACAAAGUGUACGGAGCCAUCCUGGUGGCCGUGGAGCGGCUCCUCAAGAUGAAGGCGCAGGCUGCGGAGCCGGGCCGCGGCCGCAGCUGCCGGCGCCCCGAGGACCUGCCCUGGACGGGCCUCCUCCUGCACGAGUCGCCCGCCGGGGAGCCGGGGUUCGGGCCAGGGGCGCCCCUGGCUCCGGGGACCCCCGGGCUGGGGAACCCGGCCCCUCCCGUGCCCCUCGGGGACACCUACCGGGAGCUUUACGCCUUCUUCGGGGACAGCCUGGCCACCCGCUUCGGCACCGGGCAGCCGGCGCCCACGGCCGCUCGGCCUCCGGGGGCCAAGAAGGAGCCGGCGGCCGUGGCCGACGCCGUGCGCAAGAUGCCCCAGCUGACGGCCAGCGCCACGGUCAGCCCCCGGGACGAGGAGAGCCCCCGCGGGGCUGCGCCGGGCGGCCCCGCCAACGCCCCGCCCCCCGCCGCCGAAAGCCGGCCCCUGCCCCGCGUGCACCGGCCCCGGGGGGCGCCCCGGCAGCAGGGCCUGUGCGCGGGGGCCCGCGACGUCUUCCAGAAGAGCCGCUUCGCCCCCCGGGGCACCCCGCACUUCCGCUUCAUCAUCGCCGGGCGGCAGGCGGGCCGUCGCUGCCGCGGCCGCCUCUUCCAGACGGCCUUCCCACCGCCGCAGGGCCCCAGCCCCGCCUCCCGCUACGCCCAGAAGCUGCCCAUGAUCGGCCGCACCGCGCGCCCUGCGCGCCGCUGGCUCCUCUCGGACUACUCGCUCUACCUCCCGCUGUGAGGGGGCGGGGCAGGGGCAGGGCGAGAAAACAGCGAAUGAGCGAGCGUCUGCUGCAGGCUCCGCCCCGGGAGCCACCGCCCAACGGACUACGGUACUGGAUCUACCUCCCGCUGUGAGGGGGCGGGGCUGGGAGAGGAAGAGAACCAAUGAGCGCCUGCCCCAGGCUCCGCCCCGGGCCUGGCUCCGCCCCCGGACCUGCCUCCCCGCCGACUGCGGUACUCGAGGGGGCGGGGAGAGGGCGUGCACGAGCGAGCGCCUGCCCCCUCUCGAACUACUUUCUGUACUUACAGCAGCAAGCGUACCCGGGCCUCGUCCGCGUAGUGGAGGGGCCGGGCCACACGCCCCCCUCAGGUUCUGGGCAUCUGUCGGGGGCGGGGCCGCACGCCCUUCGGACUCAUGUCGCUCGCUCUCCGAGGCCCUGGGCGGAUGAAACCUCGACUGAGCCACUGACUGGAGAGCUCCUUCAGUGGCCAGUGCCCCGUCUAUGGUGCCGCCCUCUGGAAUGGCUCUGUCCUGUCCUUGGCCAGCUCCUCAGCCCCAUCC